AUGGCGGGGGGGAGGAUGGCGGCAAGACAGGUGGAGGGCAAAGAUUGUGUAUGCUUUAUAUUAUCAUGUAAAGGUGAAAACGAGCUCUGCGCUGAUUCCACUUGUACGACAUGCAUGGCUUGCUGUAGCCCCGGAUGUAAGGACUGCAAGGAACAUUGUGAGAAAGGACAGAAAUGUAGAUGUUUGAAUCUUUGCUGUGGUUGUCCGACUAAUUGCUAUAAAGAUGGUUUCGGUGAAGCGAGCUGUAAGAAAAAAAACCAAACAAAGGGUUGCAAGCGCUGCGAGACAAAAUGCGCAAAAUCCGAAAGGUGUAUAUGCUAUCAAUGCGACUGCGGAACGCAAUGUAACGGAUUCCUCUGUGCCUGCUGUUACUGGUGCAAUCCUGGCAAGUGUAAGCGUAAAGGCACUUGCGACGGCUUCGUACUCGGGAAAUGUUACAGUGGAGAGGGCAACAAAAAAUGCAAAGGACAUGGGACAUAUAAUGACGAGGGGCGUCCUGAAUACGUGGAUAACUGCACUUGCGAACCUAAAAACAGUAACAGCGGUUGUACAUGCUACAAGAGCAAAUACGAUAACAAGUGCAGAUGUAUCCGCGGCGUACCUGACGAGUAUGGCAAUUGCGUCAUUAAAUGCGACCUGUGUGGCAAAUUGUGCUCUCAAGACUCGUAUAUUCAUCAGGGCACUCUAGUAGUUGUCCCGCUUGCAAUCGCAAUGGUACUUAUAAUUGUCUGGUGCAAGUACCGCGAUAUAAUUCGCAAGGUGUUUUAUGAACUACGUGGUUCUUCUUCCAGAGCACCCAAGCAUUCUAGCGCAUACACAAAUAAUCUCGUCGGUGACAAAAUCCCCGAGCAGAGUAGCACUGACCGCUACUCCGCCAUCCGUCCAAUGCCAUACGUUGGCUUGUCGUAG